AUGAGUGAUUCUUUGACAAAAUUAUCAACUGAAUUAGAAUCUUUAAUUGAUAAAACAUGGAAUUUAUAUGUAACUGUAACUGAUUUUCAAGCACAAUCUCAACCUCGUGUUGAUCAAGUACUUAAUGAAAUUAUUGGUUUAUUAAAAGAUGUUGAUCAAAUGAAAGACCAGUUUCAAGAUGUACAUAUUCCUGGACAAUUAUUAAAUUACGUUGAUGAUCUUAAAAAUCCUCAAAUGUUUACACGUGAUUGUUUACAACGUACACUUGAACGAAAUGAGGAAAUAAAUGGAAAAAAUGAAACACUUGCUAAAUUUGCUGACACAUUAGCUGUUGAAUUAAGUUCACAAUUUCCAACACAAAUGGCUCAAUAUCGUUUAUGGAAAACAAAACAAUCAUCUAUUGAUCAGUAA